CUCAGGAGAACAAAGGAACUUGGGAUUUCUCUGCCUGGAAAAGGUCUCCUGAAAACUUGUGGAGGGGUUCUGGAGCAAUGCAAAGCAAGCGACUGCAGGUGCCUCUCCUCCACUCAUCAUGUGUACAGGGAAGUGUGCCCGAUGUGUUGGGCUCAGCCUCAUCCCAAUGUCCCUCAUCUGCAUAGUGGCCAACAUCCUCCUUCUGGUGCCCAAUGGCGAGACCAAAUGGACUGAACAUCUCAGCCUGCAUGUGAAGCUCUUGGCAGGCUUUAUUGGUGGAGGCAUUAUGGUGCUAUGUCCUGGAAUAUCUGCUAUUCGAGCUGGGGGCAAAGGGUGCUGUGGAGCUGGUUGCUGUGGAAAUCGUUGUCGGAUGCUGAGCUCCGUCUUCUCUUCGGCUAUCGGGGCUAUCGGAGCCCUUUACUGCCUCUCGGUGUCCGCAACAGGGCUUGAGACUGGGCCCAAAUGCCUGACAGAGCUACCUAACAAGUGGAGCUACCCCUUCGAAAACAGCAAUGGGAAUUACCUGAGCAACAGUUCGUUGUGGGACCAGUGCCUGGAGCCUCCGAAAGUGAUUUUGUGGAACUUGACUCUGUUCGCGCUGCUGGCGGUGGUGUCAGCUCUGGAGCUAGUGUUGUGCGGCAUACAGCUAGUGAAUGGUGUCCUAGGAGUUUUCUGCGGGGACUGCCGGAAAAAAGGAGAUUCUUGAGCACUGAAGCUGCGAGGUUCAAGAGUCUGCCAGAAAGCUGUUUCCAACGAGCUGGGGUGGGUUGUCCCCACUUCUCUUCUCCACUCACCCUCCAUCAGCUGAAAUAAAGUACCCUGAUUCGCAAUGCCUCCGA